AUGGUGAUUUUAGUGGUCUUGCUGCUGGCACUGUUUCCUUACAACAAAUGUCAGACUCAUAAGGUGAUAUGCAAGCUCCAAGAUCCACACCAUCCACUACACGCGUAUUAUCAGCCAGGUGAUUUCAUCAUCGGUGGCAUUGUUUCCCAUGAUGGCUUCUUAUCCACUUCUGUAACAUUCACGGUGGAAUCUCCACCAGUACUGCCUGAAGAGCUUGUGGUGGUGCCUAAGGGUUACCAGCACAUCCUGGCCUUGGCAUUUGCAGUAAAGGAGAUCAACGAAAAACCUCACAUCUUACCCAACUACACCUUGGGCUUCCACAUCUAUGACAGCAACAACAAUGCAAGGAAGACCUGUCAUGUCACUAUGCUACUUUUAUCCACACUGGAGAAAUUUGCCCCAAAUUAUAUAUGUGAUAUCCAGAAUAAUCUGACAGCUGUCAUCGGGGGACUUGACACUGAAAUCUCCCUUCAUGUGGCAACUAUUUUACAUCUCUAUAAGAUUCCACAGCUCACAUAUGGCCCUGCUCCAGUGAUGAAUGAUCAAACAUCAGGAUUUUCCUUCUACCAGAUGGCCCCCCAGGAACGCCACCAAUUUGCAGGGAUUCUCUCUUUGCUUCUGCAUUUCAGAUGGACAUGGAUCGGGGUCCUUGUGAUGGAUAACGACAAUGGAGAAAGAUUUGUGCACACUGUGCUCCCAGUGUUUACACAAAGUGGUAUCUGCUUUGCCUUUCUAGAAAAAAUUCCAAAAAUUAGUUUUGCCAGUGACACAGAGGGUAUGAUUCAACAUGGGGCAAAGCUGCAUGAUGAAAUAAUGAGCAGGAAAGCUAACGUAGUGCUGGUCUAUGGAGAAUCUUAUUCAAUGGUAGUUUUAAGAUGGCUUCCAUUUCUAAAAAACUUUGUGCCUGUGACAAUGAAUAUACAAGGUAUUUUCUCCCUCUACAAACAAAAAGGACCAGAAUCCAAAAGAUUCCCUAAUAAUUUUUCUCUUUAUUAUAAUUAUGCUCUUUCAUUUAUGGAUCAGACUCAGCCUCUUUCUGUCUGUACUGAGAGUUGCCAACCUGGAUCUAGCAAGAAAGUGAAGGAAGGAGAGCCAUUUUGUUGCUACGAUUGUACUCCAUGCCCAGAGGGGAAGAUUUCAAGUAUGGAAGAUAUGAAUGACUGUAAUAAAUGCUCAGAUGAAAACUAUCCUAGCAAGAGGCAAGAUACAUGUGUUCCCAAGGUUAUAAGCUUCUUGUCUUAUGCAGAACCUUUGGGCAUCAGUUUAGCCUUCCUUGCUCUUUGCUUUGCUUUGAUCACAGCACUGGUGCUGGGAAUAUUUCUGAAGAACCACAAUACUCCCAUCAUCAAAGCUAGCAACCGGAACCUCACCUACACUCUCCUCAUCUCCCUACAGCUCUGCUUCCUUUCCGCUUUAUUGUUCAUUGGCCAACCUGAGACCGUGACAUGUCUCCUCCGACAAACUGCUUUUGGCAUCAUCUUCUCAGUGGCAGUUUCUUGUGUGCUGGCAAAGACCAUCACUGUGGUUCUGGCUUUCAUGGCCACCAAACCAGGUUCCAGGAUGAGGAAGUGGGUGGGGGAAAGACUGGCCUCCUCCAUUGUUCUUUCCUGCUCCCUUAUUCAAACUUUCAUAUGUACUGUGUGGCUGGCAACCUCUCCUCCAUUCCCAGAUCUUGACAUGCAUUCACUGGCUGAAGAAAUUAUACUAGAAUGUAACGAAGGCUCUGUGACAAUGUUUUACUCUACCCUUAGCUAUAUGGGCUUCCUGGCAGCUGUGAGUUUCACAGUGGCUUUUCUUGCUAGGAAGUUACCUGACAGUUUCAAUGAAGCCAAGUUUAUAACUUUUAGCAUGUUGGUCUUUUGUAGUGUUUGGCUGUCCUUUAUUCCCUCCUACCUGAGCACCAAGGGGAAAUACAUGGUGGCUGUGGAGAUCUUCUCUAUCUUAGCCUCCAGCUCUGGUCUGCUGUGUUGCAUCUUUGCCCCCAAAUGCUACAUUAUUCUGUUGCAGCCUCAACUGAACAACAGGGAACAGCUAAUAAGAAGAAAAGAAUGA